AUGGCUAGGAAAAUUCUUGCUGAUGAAUGGUUGAAAGGAGAUGUAAAGGAUGUCGAAUUUAAGAAAAAGGUUACAGGCAAGAAAGGUUAACUGUUAGUUGAAUUGCAAAAAUCAUAUAAAGGAGAUAAAAGAUUUAAAUUGGAUGAAAAAUUUAAUGAUGAUCUGAAUGUUGAAAAAUUGAAUAAGAAAUUCAAGGACUUAUAAUAAGAUUUGAUAGAAGAGAGUUCUGAUGAGGAAUAAGACUUGGAGAAGGAGAUUGAUGAAAAAGAAUUACAAAUAAAAUCUUAUUAAGACGAAGUGAAUUAAUAAUUAUAGAUUCUUGCAAAGUUAAUGCCUGAUGAUGCUGCUUUUAUUUCUUAUUAAAAGAAGCCUGAUAAAAAGAAAUAUAAUUUGAUUGUUCCUAAAUUCGAUCCAAAUAAUAUUGAUUAAAGGUUGAUAAAAAAGAAUGAAGAGAAAAAAAUAGAGUAGGCCAAGAAAUAAAUCAAAACAGAAAUUGUGAAGGGAGUUGAUAAAAAAACCAUUAAAAUAGAAAAAGCUAACAAAUUGUUAUAGAGAGUGAAAGAGAAAUAAGAAAUUAAGUUAAAUAUCGAUAGGGGAGCUUGGAAAAACAUCAUCUAAGAAGAGGGUCCAAAAGGAUUAUUUUCUUGAAUUUUAUAUUAUGC